AUGAAACUCGUCAACGAGAUUGUGUCGAGAACGGGGAAGAACAUAACGAAGCCGCAAAAGGCGCUGACGAGCAUCGUGCGCCGCGUAGUGGCCGCAGUGGACGUGCUUAAAAAGGCCGGGCUGUUCCGAGGCGGCGCGGAGGUGCAACCGAAAAAGUCCGAGCUCAACGCGACGGCGGACAUGGCGGCUUUCCGCGCGAUACAAGCACAGGAGAUAAAGGAGCCGGAGUCGUGCAACGGGUGGAUCUGCAUCGACAUCAGCAUCACGGGGAUCAUCCUCGCGCUGAAAGGGUUCGUCACGGGGUUCGUCCAGAUUGCCGCGUUUCUUGGCGCCGCGUUCGAGGCGUUUUGCGUUGCCCUAUGCUCCUUUCAACCCGACCAAGCACCUUACCUUAUCUAA